AUGAUCGUCCUCCGCCCGUUCCUCCUCCUUGUCGCCCUCGGCACCCUUUCCGAGGCGUCCAAGAAGUCCAGCCACCCCCCCCUGGGCUCUACCGGUCCCAAGGAGGAAGACAUUCCCCAAAAGAAUGCCGUUCACGGAGGGACCCACUCCGGUGUCCCUCAGCACCCACCGCACGCAUCCCCAGGCGCACCACCCCCGCAGAUGCAAGGCGCCGGCCCGGCCAUCAACAUUGCGAGCCCCAUCACCAUGCCCCUGGUGACCACCAACCCAUGCGGCGGAGGCGGCGGCUCGCCCCCCCUCCACGUAGCUCCUGUUUAUCACGCGCCCGUCUACCAUCCGCCGGCGCCGGCGCCCGCCUCGCCCGCGCCGGUUUACAACCCACAUCAGCCUUCUCCUCAGCCGGCGGCCGCCGCCGCACGGUCGCAACCUGCGGCACUGCAUGUUGCGCUCACACAGCCGGCCAUGACGGGUCUAGAUGGUCUCAUCGCCUCGGAUGCCGAAGAACCCGUCGCGUCCAGCCCCCCAGGCCGACACCGCCGCCGCCAGAUCGUUGAAGCCGAAUGUCUCGCUUCGGAAGCAUGA